AUGGCCCAGCCGAGUUCCAGAGAGGCGGCUGAUGGCUCAGGUGGUGUUUCCGCACUCCUGACUGAUUCAGUCAAUCUGACGGAUUCUGUCAAGCUGACGGAUUCCGUCAGCCUGGAUCUGGCUCCUGGCGAGGAGUGGCGGCACAUUCAGAUUGACGCGGGCAAGUGCUUUCGGGAGCAGGUGCUGCGGUGGUUCGUGCGCUGCAAGAUACCCACCAUUGACGCGCUGAUUCUCACGCAUGAGCACGCUGACGCCAUAUUGGGCCUGGAUGACGUCAGAGGGCUGCAGCGCUUUCCCCGCCAUGCAGCAGACCACGUGGAGCCACUCUCCGUCUUCCUCUCCCGCCACUGCAUGGCCAGGUCAGUGCCCUCGCCUUCUCCAGCGCCCCUACGGCAUGGCCAGGUGCAUGCAUGA